AUGGGUAACGCAGGUGUUACUGUGUAUAAUUCUUCCAACUAUACGAUGAAUGUUUAUCUUAGUAUGGGAGCUAUUCAUCAUUUCUGUAACAGAAUUAAAUCAAAAGAAGCGUUUACAAUUUAUCCUGGUGCAGUCUGGUAUACUGUAGGCUGUUUCGCAUCGAAUGAGUCGAAUGAUGUCACAAGCGCACAAGUUGGUGCACAAAUACUGAUAGCUUUUAAACCAGUGAUUGGUGGAAUUGCUAUAGUACCUUAUGCUGCACGAGAAGUUAUGCUUAAAAUUUCAGCAUCAAAACAAGAAAGGGAAGAAUAUUUCGACAAUGGCGAGAAAAACCUAUCUAUUUUUGAACAAGGUGUAAUGAAUGCCAUUAAACAAGCUAUUGAGACCGGUGCUUUGACAUCCAGUAACGACAAUGAAACUGAGACACUAUUAGAAAAAGUAACUGCUUUUAAUAAGAUAUGCAACUGGGAAGACAAUAUUAAAGGAAUUUAUUGUGGUGGUGACCACAAGAUUCUAGUUAUUUCUGGAGGACCCUGUAUAAAGGGUGGUAAAUGGGACCCUGAAGAUAUUAAAAUUAGAGAAUCAAAUGCAAAUAUCAUACCAGCAAAUACAAAAUUCAGAAAGAGCAAUGGUCUCUUCAAAGCAGACAUUGAAUAUUGGACAAGUAGCGAUAAAAAAUGGUAUCCUUCUCUUCAUUUUUAG